AUGUCGAACACCCAGCAACAGCAUAAGAACAUGCUGGGCCACUGCAUUGCAGAUGGCCGACUGGAGCUAGUAUCGGUCCUGGGCCUUGGAGCUUACGGUGUCGUCUACCUCGCCCGCGACUUGACGCACCCGCUCCACCAACAGCCGUUCGCUUCGACUUCCUGCAACGAGCUGCCGAUGCGGCUAGCGUCAUCUCAUGGCGCAGCUGCAAGCGGAUUCUAUGCAGUCAAGGUGCUCAACAAGGUCGGCCUUGAUCAACGUCAGCGACGGUUUCAACGCAGAGAGAUCACUCUGCACACGCUCGCUUCGAAUCACCCGAACGUCGUAGGUCUUCACCGUGUCAUUGACGCGGAUGACGACCCGUGUGUAUAUGUCAUCAUGGACUUUUGUCCUGACGGCGACCUCUUCAGCAUGAUCACGGAACAGCAGCGAUAUGCCAUCGCGCAGCCGCAGCCCACGUGGAGAAGGUCUUCUGACGGCGUGUCCCGCGUCGCCGAUGAAGGCGAAGCAUACUGGCGCGACCGUAGUGAUAUGGACCACCUCGUCAAGGAUGUCUUCUUCCAAAUCUUGGAUGCAGUUCAGUUCUGCCACGGUCUCGGGAUCUACCACCGUGACUUGAAACCAGAAAACAUUCUCUGCUUGCAAGGCGGUGCAAGAGUCGUCCUCGCAGACUUUGGUCUGGCUACUGGGGACAAGUUCAGCGGUGAUUUUGGAUGCGGCUCGACGUUUUACAUGGGUCCUGAAUGUCAAGGUGGCAUCACAAAGCGUCUUACCGAGUACGACACCGCAGCCAAUGACGUCUGGUCGCUGGGAGUGAUUCUUGUCAACCUCAUUUGCGGUCGCAAUCCAUGGAAGCAGGCUUGCCCCGGCGACGAAACCUUCCGCGAAUAUCUUCGCAACCCAGACUUUUUGCAAGACAUUCUACCAAUCUCAGACGAGACGAACAAGCUCUUGAAACGCAUCUUCACCAUCCGCGAGGAGUGGCGCUGCACGUUGCCAGAACUUCGCAAGAUGGUUGCCAACAUCUCGCGCUUCACAGCCACCAACGCAGAAAUGGCCUCGCGUCAAGAGGCCGCGCGCAUCGCCUCCGCCAGAGCUCGCGCCUUGGCCCAAGCCGAGCAGCAUGCCAAGAUCGCCGAAGCACAGCGGCGCCAAGAAGAGGAAGCUGCCGCACUCAGCAAGUUGGCGCAGACAAACGCCGAGUCGACGGAUGAGUGCCACCUUGAGCAGCACUCUGACGGUGCCUUCACCUCGUUUGGCACACCCGAGUAUUGGACCGACAGCGACGCUAUGACUACCUACGAUACUGCAGAUGCUCUUUCCAGACAGCCUUCUAGCGAUGUCAACGUCGACUGGGCUCAACAUCCGAUCGCCGCGCAGCCCAGACUUGCUCGCCAGGCUCUCGUCUCUGACUCUUCGGCCGGCCAGUUGGCCUCAGCCGCUCACAUUCGUCCUGCAGCCUUCCUCUCGCGUCCUGCCGAGGCUCACGUCGUUCAAACUCCUCAGUCGCCAACGGAUUCUGAACGCGGCUCUGUCAACUUUGACAGUUCGCCUGGCGCCUCCAGCCACAGUUCCAGCAGCCGAAGAAGUUCUGCGUCUUACACUGGUCUUCCGCCAACUCCUCGUUUCAACACUUCUGAUGCUCCUUUGCGCGAGAAUACAGAGCUCCAGGUAGGGCACAGCGGCACCGCCUCGAGCAAAGUGCGGCCUUCGCUCUUUCCGCUUCAAAGCCCCGCUGGCAAAUGGGCAGCCCAUAGCAGAGGGCAAGGCGCCGCUUCGUCGACGAUCGCCGAACACGAUGCAGAGCCCCAUUGUGCUGCAGUGAUGUACGAGCCCACAGUGGGCAGCUGCAGCCCAUCCGAAGCUAGCGACAAUCCAAACACCUCCCAAUUGCCACCCUUCAAAUUCUCCACUAUGCCAGGCCGGCGUCACAGUCCACAAGCGGUGAAGCAUGCACGCGUUUCUAAUCAGAAUGGUGCUGUUAAGCGCGCCAAGGGUCAAGUCGGCAAUCUGGCCCUUGCAUUCCAGCGUUCACACAUUUUUGGCAACAGUCGGGACGCAGAGUAA